UGAGUUUCUGGAUGCAGCCGGGCAGGACCUGGCACAAUGCUGUUACCGACUUUUUGAUUCAGACUUAUUCCAAAACAAUACUCUCAGUAUCAUGGACGCGAUCAUUGACCGUGCUAUCCAGGUAACGUACCAUAACAGUGCUGCUGGAAGACAAUUCACAAUGCCUUUUCAUUAUUAUUUUUAUUAUUAUUCUUCAUUCGACACCUGUGGAGCCAAGAAGAGAAGGACAUGUGGAUCACAUAUAAUGUCCUGCUCUAUGCCGGGACGGAGGUCGCGAAAGUAUACAACUGGAUGCUGAAGAGCGAGUACUUUGCGAAACUCAAGUACCAGAUCUUACAGAUGGAAGGGACGCGGCUACAGCCAUUGGCGGUUAGUCUGAUGUAUGAAAUCUGUCGAGUGCAAUCCUUACGUCCGCGCGAUCUCGCGCUGGUCGAUGAAGACUUCCUGCAUUACUUGCUCGAUCUUGUGGAAAGCACGAGGACGGAUGUGGAUGAAGGAUUGAACUAUGGAGCUAUCAAAUUGCUUCUGGCGUUCAAUGAACAAUACAUGUUACACCAAGCCGCGCUCCGCGCUGCCAGCAAUUAUACCCCCUCGAACCCAUUGCUGUUGGUCCUGGCAGAUCGUCCUGGUGCGAGCUGCACCUUUGGCGAGAACUUGAUCUUUAUGCUGAAUCGAGCUGAGGAAACAUCACUCCAAACGUUGAUACUCAAACUCCUCUACCUCUUCUUCACAUCCCCAAAUCAGAUGCUCAACGAAUUCUUCUACACGAACGAUCUCCACGUCCUCGUCGACGUCGUGAUCCGUGAAUUACGCAAUUUGCCUGAAGAACAAGAAUCUCUGCGACACGCGUACCUCCGCGUGAUGGGACCACUGCUCACAAAUACACAGCUGCGGUGUCAAGAACGUGCGUUGUACUAUAAACGCGCGGAGAUCCUUCGAGUGCUCGGGGAAUUGGGUGGUGGGGAUCUGGAUGGGACGUUGAGGCAGCAUCUGUGGGAACAGGAGAUGUGGGAACAACAGCAGUCGCGAUUAUUGAAUGAGGGCAGGAAGUUGACCUAUCGGGAUCGGGAGAGUAGCGUGGGACAGUCUGGAGCUCCAUCGCCGGCAUUGACGAAUCGAGUGGUUGGAGGUGCGGUACAGAACAGAAGUGGGAGUGUUAGCAGCGGAAGUGUUAGCAGUGGGAGCGUCUGUUCGAGUCCACUUCUGCCGGUUGUCCCAGAUGGAAUGAAUGACAGCAUGGAUGCAAAGCGGCCGGCGGCGGUGAAUAGCACCGGUCGUUCUGGAUCGGUGGUUCUGGAGAAUGUGCUUCCGCCGUCGAGGAGUAAUAGUAGCACGAACCUGCAUGUGCAUAUGGGUACGCCGCCGCCAUCGCUGUGGGGUCAGCAGCAGCCUCCGAGGGCAGUGAGUCCGAUGACACAGCGGCUGGUGGAGCGGGUGCUGAGGGAGUGGCUCGAGAAUGAGAUCAAGAACGGAGCCGUGACCGCGGAAGGUAAUAGUAAUGGUGCUGGUGGUGCUGAGGGACUUGAGGAUGAUCGACGGGUGGCGAUUCCUGUAGCACAAUGAGCCUUUUUUUUUUUUGCAUCCCCUGUGGUUAAAUAAAACAGAUUCUGCCUCUCUUUAUAC